AUGCCUCCGAGUUAUCCCGAUCCCGUCGCACCCUCCCCAAAAGAGGGUGCAAACGUCACACCAGUGGCUGUCAGCCCACCGCCUACGCUAGAAGAGAAAGUUAUAGUGAUUCCCCCGGGAGCGCACCGCGCCUUCCCCCCAAUCCGAGCGGAUCAAACGUUAACCGGUCUUGACGGACCGACAAUUGUCAUGGCUCCCAAGGAAGCUCGCCCGCAACAGCCAACACCAGGGACGGAGAGACCAGUAGACCUGCAUCCACCCGCCGACGCAGCGUGCCCAGAUUCACGUGCCACAGAGGAAAACAUCUCAAUGUCAGAACAUGAGCUGAGGCUCUUGAGGGAACACCUCGAGAAACGUGCAGCUGCCACAAAUUGCUUAAUUUUUCUUAUGAGUCUGUGGCUGGUCCUUACUGGUGUCCUCCUGAUCUUCGCAUUCUCACCCGUGAACGGUGAUCUGGCUAUCGUGUGCAUGCUUCUGAGUGUCACUGUUGGAAUUAUCGGCAUUCUAGCCGUUUCGGCUAGAAAUCUGACUGGGAUGCGGCUUUACCUAGCUCUGGGAACGGUACUUUUGGUGCUGACGGUGGCACUCUGGGGGUAUUAUAUCUACAUUCUAGUUCGCGCGGCCUGGGCAACCGUAGAUGUGACAGCCGACCGGACGUCGGAGUGGAUCUGGGACGAGGCAGAACAUUUUCCCCCUAUUCGCUUGGGACAAUCGAAUGUGACCUCAUUACAGGAACUGGCUAGGCAGGGGGGCGUGCCGCUAAAUGAGACGCUUGACGAUAUUGUCGGGCCAUGCACGAAGGGAUACAGAGACUACGGCAAAGAUUACUUCCGGGGGACCAUGUCCGUGCUAAUAGGCUUGUCAACUCGCGGCCAGCUGUGCAACUACUCACAUUAUGAUAUCCUCGAUUUCAAGAGGUGGCCUGUCAGCUGCUGGCGGACGUGUGGUUUCGACCGUCUGGCAGUUGAUCACGCGCUCGAUAUGUCCCGUCAGGAAGACCAACGGGUGAUAUCGGAGUUCAAGUCACAUCUAGACGGUUUGCUUCCCGUAGAAGCUUCCGCGUGUAUAUUAUACUCUGCGCGGACGGCCUGUGUUGUCGAAAACACCUCAUAUCACUAUGUUAUUCUUGGAAUCGUUGGCCUCCUAAUCCUGUGGACAUGUUGUGCGUGCUUGUGCUGCAUCCCCGCCUCCCUAGGCGUUGCGAACAAAUAUUUGUCUGAUUUGCGGAACUAUGAGAAAGAGAAGGCAGAUCUCGAUCAACGGAAGCAGGUAGGGGGCAACCAGAACCAACCUACUGUUGUGUGA